AAUAAAGAAAAACAACAGUGGAAGAGUUUCAUCAAAAAAGAUGGAAAGUUUAAAUGAUGAAUGGAUUGAAAUCGUGUCCUUUCUAGAACCUAUUGAUGUUUUGGCUAGUUUGAAUGGAAUAUCCCGAACAGUUCAAGAAUUAAUUGAUGGAUUCUAUAUAUCAUCACAACAAUUAAAUAAUUUCAAUAAUCAUGAUGAUCGGAAUUUUAAAUUAGAAAAUUUAAAAGUUUAUUAUUAUUAUGAUGAUGGAGAGAGUGAUAAUAAUAAUAAUAGAAUUUCUGAGAGAGUAGAUACAAACUCUUCCUGUCGUUGUGUGAAUACUCAUGAAGGAAGAAUACAUAUUAGGCGAAAUAGAUUAACUAUUAUUCGAUACUAUUUGCUUGGCUUUUCUGAUAAAUUGGAAAAGAAAAUAGUUGCCAAUGAGCUGAAAUUAUUCAAUUUCUAUAAGAAUCAAUUGGGAUCUACCAAGAUUGAAGAUGAGAAAAAUGAAAGGAAAGACAAAAGAUAUAUCAAGUAUGCCAUUAUUGGAAAUAAGAAAGUGGGUAAAUCAAGAUUUUUCAGAAGUUUCGCCAGUGGAUGUUAUUCACCUCAUUUACUUCCUAAUAUUGGAGCAGAUUUCAUUGUUAGAGAUUGUGACUUUUUAAAUUUUAAAUUGAAACAUCAAGUGUGGCAUGGAUCAAUUCUCAAUUAUGCCAAAACUACUGGAAUUGUAGCAAGAUCCUUUCUGCACUCUGCGUCUAUAUUGGUAUUCAGCUUUUCUAUUGACAAUAGAUGCUCGUUUACAGAUAUUUCGAAAUAUUGGAUUCCUUUGUGGAAACAAUUUGCUCCAAAUACAGUUGCAAUUUUACUUGGAUUCUACCCAAGAGAAGAGAAAUUCACAAGACAAGUUACUCAACAGGAGGCUUGUGAACUAGCCAUAAAUGAAUUCAACUCAAUUUAUGUAGAGGUCAACGCAGCCCAAAUGCAGAACAUUAAUCUACCCUCAAGGUUUAUUCAUUUGGAAUGCUUAUUCUCAAAUUCAUGGAAAAUACUAGAGGAAAGAAAAGAAAGCUCUCCAAAAUCCAAACCAGAAACUGAUAAUUCUUGGUGUUCAUUACAAUAAUAACCUAUUGUAAACUCGCUAUAUUUUUUUGUAAAGUAUUUCAAUAGU